AUGAAGAUUCGCGACGAGAUGAUCAAACUUUUAAGUCGUGGGGGGUUCGUGAUACGAAAAUGGUCUUCGAACCAUUCGUCGGCUUUAGACAACAUCGAUAAAAACAUCUUCGAUUUAGAUUGCGGCAUACAAGGGAACCCCAUAAAGAAGACUCUCGGAAUCAUCUGGGACUCACAACGAGAUGUCUUCACGUAUUCCACGAGCCCUGAUGCGUUAGCUUCUACCAAAAGAAAACUCCUUUCCCAGAUUGCGAGGAUCUUCGAUCCUUUAGGCUUAUUAGGUCCUUUAACCCUGUAUGCCAAAACAUUAAUUCAGGAAUGUUGGAAAGCUAACAUUACCUGGGACGAAUCUCUACCUCAAGACAUCCACACCAAGUGGAUCGCUUUAGCUGAACAACUUCCCUUAGUGCGAGAAGUCGCGUUACCAAGGUAUCUGCGAUAUGACGUUGCGAACCCAGUAUCCACCGAGAUACACGGUUUUUGCGACGCGUCGAUAAAGGGAUACGGCGCGUGCAUCUACAUUCGUUCCGUUGACUCUGCGGGAAAUGUCACUGUUAGGUUAGCUUGCAGUAAAUCCAAGGUUGCUUCGCUUAGCCAUCACACCAUACCUCGUUUGGAACUCUCUGGCGCUGCCCUUCUGAAGGGACUAUAUGUCGAACUGGUGACCCAGCUGACUUUCAAUAUCGCGCGAACAAUUCUUAGAACAGACUCAAAAAUCGUUCUCUGCUGGUUAGGCAAAGCUCCUCAUCUACUUAAAACUUACGAAGCGAACAGAGUCGCUGAUAUUCAAACGCUAGGUCAUCCUCCAGGCGCGACAGAGGGAAUUGCUUUAUUCACAGCCUCUUCUGGAAGUAACGUCUACUCUCGUUUCUCCGAUUACGGAUGCCUUAUUAGGUCCAUCGGAUAUCUUCUCCGUUGGAGUAGAAGGGAAUCACUACUAGACGAUACCCAAGAUGCGAAUAAAUCGCAACGAGGGAUUCGUUACCUCUCCCAAGCCGAAAUAGCUUACGCAGAACGCAAAAUCCUUCUUGUCAUCCAAAGAGAAUGUUUUAGUUUCGAGAUAAGAUUGCUCAAAUCGCGCAAUGCCAGGACGUGUGGAAGAUGUGAUCUCAUCGGCGCUUUCAGGAGUCGAACGAAGUUCGAUGAACUCAAUCCCUUCUUAGACGAGCAUGGACUGAUCAGAGUAGGCGGUCGAUUGAAGAAUUCAAAUCUUCAAUUUAAUCAAAAAUACCCUAUUUUGCUACCCAGCAACCAUCACGUGUCAGAUCUCAUCAUCCGCGAUGCUCAUCAUCGAAAUCUUCACGGAGGGGUCCAAUCCACUCUUUACAGGAUACGCGAAAGGUUUUGGAUUCUCAACGGUCGAAACCAGAUUCGACAUGUCUUGCGCCGCUGCGUACCCUGUCUUCGGCAAAAGCCAAAAUUCUCACAUGCCAAGAUGGCAGACCUUCCAGAAUCUCGAGUAAACCCUGCGUUCACUUUCGCGAAGACCGGCGUAGAUUUUUUUGGUCCGAUUAUGAUCAAAGAAAAAAGGGAUCGAAAUCGAAAUUUCCUUAAGGCGUAUGGGUCCGUUUUCGUUUGCAUGGCCACCAAGGCUGUCCACAUCGAGGUAGCUUCCGAUCUCUCAGCUGAGGGCUUCCUCGCGUGUUUUCGUCGGUUCGUUGCCACGCACGGCAAACCGACCACCAUGUACUCUGACAAUGGUACUAACUUUGUAGGCGCUAAUAGCGAACUGCAAAGGAUUUAUCAAUUACACCAUUCACCCGAAUUUAAGGACGCGAUUCAAACUUUUGCUGCAGCCGAACGGAUUGAGUGGAACUUUAAUCCACCUCUCUUACCGCACUUCGGCGGUUUGUGGGAGGCGGCAGUUAAAAGUUUCAAACACCAUCUGAAUCGUGUCGUCAAGGACCAAAAGCUCACGUACGAGCAAUUGGAAACAUUGUUAAAGGAAAUCGCCGCCGUGUUAAACUCUCGACCAUUGUACGCGAUUUCUGCUGACCCAAACGAUUCCCUUGCGAUAACUCCAGCUCAUUUUUUGAUCGGGCGUUCCUUCAAUUUCUUACCCGACCAAAAUUAUGUUUCAGUUCCGGACAAUCGCCUCACUUCCUACUAG